AUGCAGCAGAAUAGCCUCAUCUUGACAAAAAUCGCACGGCCUACAGAAGAAUCGGAUUUGCGGCGUAGAUUCGACGCCACGUUAGGCUUACUUACUUUAUCGCCGGGAGAUAUAGAUCCUGUAUCACCGGGCACAAGUGCGCCGGGCGAUGCAGGAGAACUUGGGACCCCAAUAUCCCCUUCGAAUACAAACGGAUCACCCACGGAGCCCUCAAAAGCCAGCAAAAUAUUGCGCGAUGCUCAACAAUCAUUUGCCAAAUCCCGACCCCCCGUGGGCAUAUUCCACGCAUUCGGCUCGGUAGGCUCCAACAUCCCCACCCUGAACGACAUCCAAAAAGGGAACUUCAACUCAGAAGGAGGAUGGUCCGGCCCUGGGCAGCGUCGAAACAGCCAAGCGCACCGAGAUUCAGACGCAGAAGUAAUCCAACGCUACCGUACUCGCACAAUGUCCAUUGCCACACCAAUCCCCGAGACCAAAAAGGAACCCAUCACAGAAGAAAAAACAACGCCGGUCGAUAACGUCCCAACUCCCGUGGCCGAAGAAAUGGAGUUUAUCGCGCCGCAUGACCCAGCAGUCCCUUAUGCCAACGGCUACCAAUUCCCACCCAAACACAGCAAGAAACAAGCUACCACCAUCGCCCUACGCGGAUUCGCCAAGUUCAUCAUCACGCCUUUUGGCUUCCUGCUCACGGUCUACGCCCUCAACAUCGUAGCGUGGGGCGGCAUGCUCUUCCUAAUCCUCAUCCACGCCACGCCCGCCAUGGCGCACCCAUCCUACAGUGCCCUCAACUCCGGCGCCAAGAUCUGGCUCGAGAUCACGGCGCAGAUCCUCAACGCGCUGUUCUGCGUCACGGGGCUCGGUCUAAUUCCCUGGCGCUUCCGCGACUGGUAUUAUCUGCUGCAGUGGAGAUGGGGGAAAGAUGAGCGGGCGCUGAGGAGGCUGGCGGGCAUUCAUCGCGGGUGGUUUCGCUUGGUGGGCAGUGAGGACGUUGAUGUGCAAUUCGACCAAACCUCUGCUUUUUCCCCCUUGCCGUUGGGAAUCAACGAAGCCGCACUCGCGCUUCCCAUUUCCCUCUCUCCCGAUGCACCUUUGACAGGCGAGCGAGCCGGCGCAAGUAAAUACUGGAUGCUAGAUUUUGUCAUCUGGGCGUUUGUGUGGAAUACGUUUUUGCAGAUUAUGCUGUGUGGGUUUAUGUGGGGGUAUAAUCGAUAUGAACGGCCGGGCGCUGCGGUGGGUGCGCUGAUUAGCUUGGCGUGUAUUGUGGCGAGCGCGGCGGGGUGGGUGAUUUAUAGGGAGGGCAAGAGGGUCAAGGCGAUCGAGGGCGUGCCGGUUAGCGAGGAGGAUAGGGAGUUGCUUAAAGAGAUGAGGGAGAAGGAGAGGGGGGAUGUGUGA